GAAAGUAAAUAUCAAUGGCGACGUCCAUAACACUACCAUAGUCUUUGCUGCAAAGUCUUAUUACAAUUUACUCGGUGUUAUUUAUCAAAUGAGUCCAAUCGAGUCUCGAGUUCUUUUGUCAGACCAGAGUUAACGGACAGCAGCUUUGAAUUUGAGUGUAUAGCGCGAUAUUUUAAUCACCACGCACAGAAAAAGACAGCGGCAGAUAGUAGAUGACACACACAGCUCUCAUCUCCGUCUCUUAGACGUGCAGAAAUUUCCUCUGAAGAUUUGCUCUGAAGUCACAGUGAAGAUGACUGACAGAUUGUUUGAAGAUAAACAACAUGCCUCCCUAUAUCAAAAAUAUAGAUUUGAUCCACCUGAUGAACUGAAGGAGCUUAUUCUCCAGUAUCUGGACAAAAAGAAAGGAAAGCCCCAUCAGCUGGCCGUGGAUUUAGGCUGCGGAACAGGGCAGAACUCUCGUAUGCUGACAGCAUACUUUCAGCAGGUGGUGGGCAUUGAUGUCAGUGAAUCUCAGGUGCAGGAAGCGAGAGCACUGCCGGGGUUCCCUAACCUCAGCUACAGAGUAGGCACAGCAGAGGAGCUGCCAUUCCCAGAUGGCUCGGUGGAUCUGCUGACGGCUGCGUCUGCAGCUCAUUGGUUUGACACUGAACGUUUCAUAAAGGAGGCUGUACGUGUCCUGAAACCUCAUGGCUGCCUGGCUCUCUUUGGUUAUGGAGACAAUAUGAAAAUGUACCAUGAGUCCUGUGGUGAUCGACUUAAUAACAUAUAUGAAGAAGUAAAGCAAAUUCUGCUGCCCUACACAAGCAAAAGGAUAGCUGGGGCCAUCAGUAAGCUAAAGGACUUAUUUGAAGCCGUACCCUUCCCAGAUAAAGAGAGGAUUGAAAUAAUUCCAGUAAAGCUGCAGCUGAGCAUCAAGAACGUAAUUGGUUUUAUUCAGACGUUCUCCAUGUACCAGGCCUAUCUGAGAGCCGAUCCAAAUGCCGCAACUGCGCUGUUGGAGAAAACAACAUCACGUAUUCUAGAUGAGAUGAAAGAGUCAUCAACAGAGGCCAAAGUUGACUUUAUAAUGGAGUACUACUGUGUGCUUGCAUGUAAACCUGAGUGACACAUGAGUUCCUAAAGAGGUUUUAAUCUUACUUUAAUCAAGUUGUUCACAAAUCUGUGAGCUUACAAACACUAUUUUUUAUUUCACAUGAAAGAUUCUGAAAAUAUAAAUCACUUAGUAUUUGCACUAUGUAUUAUGAUGUAUGAUGUUACUUUGAAAUAAUUUACUCUACAAGCAUACAUGAAUAUAAUGUUGUUUAAAAUAAUAAAAUCAAUGUUUUUUUUGUGGUUUUGUAGAUUGUUCACAUGAACAAUAAACAUUCCCUGGAUACUACAUAAAUGUUUACUCCAUCUAGGUUUUGUAAAAACGAAAUAAAUCUUUCUUACACUUCA